AGAUUGAAAAUGAAUUACGUGGGUGAUGGUUCGUUGUUCGGAUUGUGUGUGGAUGCAAUGAAUGCGAUGACGAAGCUUGGAGCUUCGAGCUUGAUCCCUGGCGUUGCCAAGAUCUUUGACAUGACCGACGACCGCCUCCCGCAACACUACCCCAUCCGCUCGCUCUCACCAUCUCCGCAAGAAUAUCAUAAUUCACCACAUAUAAUGGCGUCGCCGCCUCCUGUAGAGGAUCAAGCGCGCUUGCUUGAAGAUGCCCUCGGCGUGGUGCGCCAGCAGGCCAUGCUCAUGCGGAGGUGCCUGGAAACCCCGGGCAAGCUGAUGGAUGCGCUCAAGUGCAGCUCUACCCUCGUCUCGGAGCUCCGGACAAGCAGCCUCGGCCCCAAGCAGUACUACGAACUCUACAUGUCUGCCUUUGACGCACUCCGCCAUCUCGCCGUCUACCUCCGCGAAAACCACCCCGUGAACCACCUCGCCGAUCUCUACGAACUCGUCCAAUAUGCCGGAAACAUCAUUCCGCGCCUGUACCUCAUGGUCACUGUCGGCACCGUCUACAUGGCCAUUGAAGAUGCACCCGUCAAGGAAAUCAUGAAAGACAUGAUGGAAAUGAGUCGCGGGGUCCAACAUCCGAUACGCGGCCUGUUCCUGCGCUACUAUCUCGCCGGGCAAGCCCGCGAUUGUCUGCCGACCGGGGAGGGCGAUGGACCGGAAGGGAACUUGCAGGACUCGAUAAGCUUCAUUCUUACCAAUUUCGUGGAAAUGAAUAAGCUAUGGGUACGGCUGCAGCAUCAAGGUCAUUCACGGGAAAGGGAGCAGCGGACGAAAGAGCGCCAGGAACUUCAGCUUUUGGUGGGCAGCAAUUUGGUUCGUCUGAGCCAACUUGUGGAUCUCGACAACUACAAGAAGAUCUUGCAUCCGCUACUUGAACAGAUUGUUCAAUGUAGGGAUGUUCUGGCACAAGAAUAUCUUCUGGAAGUCGUAACCCAAGUUUUCCCUGAUGAAUUCCACCUGCACACCCUCGACCAAUUCCUCUCCGCCGUUGCUCGUCUAAAUCCGCAUGUAAAUGUGAAAGGAAUCGUCGUUGGCUUGAUGGACCGCUUGUCCGCAUACGCACAGCGAGAGUCAGAAUCCGAAAGCCCCGAGCAACGCAAGAAGACAGAAGACGAAGCCAUUGUCAACCUUCUGGAACAACUAAAGCUACAAAAAGAGAAAAAGGCUGCCGAACCCGAGGAGCCAAAAUCACCGGCAGAGCAAACCAACGGAGACUCGUCUGAAGCGCCAUCCGGUACUGAAGAUACUUCAUUGGCAUCGUCGACAACAGCCAACGAAAUCCUCCCAGUCACGGAAACUACCGAGCCGGAUGCCGAAAUAGAAAAGUCGCGCGGUAUUCCUAAGAAUGUGAAGCUUUUCGAGAUUUUCCACGAACAGGUUGCCACACUCGUCAAGAUGCAACGACUUAGCAUACAAGAUACAAUUGGAUUGCUGGUUUCGCUUGCCAACUUGGCUCUCAACAUAUAUCCUGAGCGACUGGACUAUGUCGAUCAAGUUUUGGCCUUUGCAAACCAGAAGGUUACCGAGUACGCAAACAGCGCGGAUCUUCACUCACAGGCUUGUCAAAGCCAGAUUCUCAGCCUCUUGCUGGCACCCAUCAAGACUUACGUGUCCAUGUUCACUGCUCUCGCAUUGCCGAGCUUUAUUCCUCUCCUUCACAACCAGCCAUACCCUACUCGAAGAGCCGUAGCGGGUGAAGUGGUACGGAGUCUGCUGAGGAAUCAAACGCACAUCACUUCAGUGGAGAACCUGGAAAGCGUGUUGGAGAUCUUGAAGGUCCUUAUCAAGGAAGGAAUGCAACAGGCGAGCGGUUACCCUGGAGGACCAAUUCAGCGGAAAGCUGCCGAGACGGAUGAGACAGUGGAAGAGCAAGGCUGGCUAGCUCGAUUAGUACACUUAAUACAAGGGCCAGACAACGAUACGCAAUUCAAGCUUCUCCAAGCUGCUCGGAAGUCCUUCGCCGACGGAAACGAACGCGUCAAGUACACUACGCCAGCAAUCAUCACUGCCUCACUCAAGCUUGCACGGAGGUACAAAGCCCGAGAACACUAUGAAGACAACUGGUCAUCACAAUCAUCGGCGCUUUACAAGUUCAUGCACAGCACAUUGUCUACUCUGUACACGCGUGUAACAGGCUCAGCUGAUCUCUCCCUCCGAUUGUUUGUUGGGUGCGGUCAAGUUGCGGACCAGACCGGAUUCGAGGAAGUCGCGUAUGAGUACUUUGCGCAGGCUUUUACCAUAUAUGAGGAGGCCAUCAGCGACUCGCGAGCGCAAUUCCAGGCCGUGUGUGUGGUCGCCAGUGCCCUGCACACGACGCGAAACUUCGGCAAGGAAAAUUACGACACACUAAUAACGAAGUGCGCGCUGCAUGGAAGCAAACUGCUGAAGAAGCCCGACCAGUGCAGAGCGGUGUACCUGGCCAGUCAUCUCUGGUGGGCCACAGAAAUACGUGCCCUUGGCGACGAGGAUCCUAAGAAUCUUUACCGGGAUGGAAAGCGCGUGCUCGAGUGUCUGCAACGAGCUCUUCGCGUAGCCGAUGCUUGUAUGGAUGCCGCAGUGUCCGUCGAGCUCUUUGUCGAGAUCCUGAACCGCUACGUGUACUAUUUUGACCAAGAAAACGAAGCUGUCACGACCAAAUACCUCAAUGGCCUGAUCGAGCUCAUCCACUCCAAUCUCCAAUCCAACGAAGCCGCCUCUUCACUCGAAAACCCGAGAAAGCAUUUCCAGCGCACGCUAGAUUACAUUGCGAGUAGAGAGUACGAGGGCGUUGUCAUUACGCCAAAGUAA